AUGAACAUUGAACAAGAACUGUUUGACGGUCGUGCUGAUAAUGAUGAUGAGGUAUAUACAGUCCGCUUAAGUGGCAUUGUUGGAGCUACUAAUGCUAACCUCAAGGUUUUCAAAACACCUGGUCAAGAGCCUCAGUUCAUAUCUUCUGGAGGACAAGUUUUAAGAACCAUAAGCUUUCAGAAUCCAUCAAAUACUGGCCAAAGAUUGGUGACAAUACCUAUACAAGCUGGAAAAGUACAAAGUAUGUCAUCGAUGAAACCUAAUGAUUCUCUAGUGACUAAGACAAUUCAAGUAUCAGCAUCUCAACUUCAACAAAGUGCCAAUCAACAACUGAUGAAAGAUGCUUCUGGCAAAACUUACAUCAGCCCAAUCCUUGACCACACAGGAAAUAGAAAGCGUCACGACACAGAAGGCAGUGACCAGCUAAUUGAAUAUCCAUAUAGUAAGCGUAGAAAGACAGAAAAAGUCGGUAAGGGCCUUAGACAUUUUUCAAUGAAAGUUUGUGAAAAAGUGAAACACAAAGGGACUACUUCAUAUAAUGAGGUAGCAGAUGAAUUAGUGGGGGAAUUCACAAAUCCAUCCCAUGCAAAUUCACUGACUGACCAGCAAUAUGAUCAAAAAAACAUCAGAAGAAGAGUAUAUGACGCUUUGAAUGUCCUGAUGGCUAUGAAUAUUAUUUCAAAAGAGAAGAAGGAAAUCAGGUGGUUAGGUUUACCUACCAAUUCUAUUCAGGAAUGUAAAGAAUUAGAAAAAGAAAAGAAGAAAAAAAUUGACANG